ACACAUGUCAUAAUUAUAGGUCAAGUUCAUGGACUGUACCCGAUGUUAAGGUUCCGGUGGGGUUCAAAAGGCCAUUACAGCUACGGUCUUCGUAUAGUAUACUAAACGCGUAUCACACAUCAGGCGCUUGUUCUAAAGACUGCCUUCUUUCUCAAAUCCUAAACUGUGAAUGAUCACCUGUAAAGUUAGAUCUAUACUGAUCGAAACCGUCGACAUCAUCCAUGGCUUCGUACACGAUUCGGAGAGGGAAAAUAGAGGAUUGUAAAGCUCUAUUCGAGCUUGCAAUGAAGCUCCGCGUACACACGGGUGAUGCAGCAUUUGGGGGUCCAACCACUACAGAAGACAUGCUCCGUGAAGACGGAUUCGGACCAAAACCACUGUUUAGAUUCUACCUGGCAAUAUAUUGCCCACCUGAAGACGGGCCAAACACGGGAGAAAAGGCAGUGGGUUUUGUAGGUGUGAGCGACAUGUUCUGCCCUCUGUCUGGUCGUACAGCAUACCUCACUGGGCUCUUUGUGGACGCGGAACAUAGAGGCAACCGUCUAGGAGUAGCCCUUAUGAAAGCAAUAGCGAAGGAUUGCUUGACUCAAAGAAGCAGCAGGCUCAGUUUUGCAGUGGAUACUAACCACCUCGAUACCAGGAAAUUUUACGCCUCUGUUGGAGCAACAAAUCUUACGGAGUCGACCACCCCCAACGAAUACUGGCGCUUUUUUGAGUCAAACAUGAAGAAACUAGCCGAGGCUGAUGAGCUAAAAUCUUCGAGUGGUAAAACUAUUACGUUCCAGACCGUCUGACGUACUACAUAGGCAGAAUCGGUCACUCACCUAGUCAAGAAUCGCAAAAUCAUUUCCUCUGGCAGUUGGGGAUCGAGGAAGAAUUGAUAUUUUGAAGAAGUCAUAGAAGAAAAUCAUACCUGCAAACGCAGGGAGGGGGGGGGGGGGGCUGGGGCUAGCAAAUAGGAGACUGAAAGGUGAGCUCAUAGCAUAUCAAAUAUUAUUUUGGUUUGAAGACGAAAUCUAUAUUUUGUUAUUAUGGCUUGGGAGGAUAAAAGUAGAAAAUACUCUAUGGUCUCACCAGAUAAUGAAGAAUAAAAUUAAAUGAUGAGUUUUAACCAAGAGGAAAUCCCAGAAGGCUGACAACCCCCAAAGCUGACAUUGUUGGUCUCAAGAAGCCUUAGAAGAGUUAUUAGAAGGAGUGCGAGGCCGACAAUUUCGUAGUGAAUGGACAAUGGAAAGCAACCGAAAAUGAUUUUUUGCCUAUAAUUAUGUACUUGUAUACUUGUUUUGAAAUAAUUAUGCUGCACUGGAAGAUCUAGAUGAUCUCAUGUAAAAAAAACGUGUAAAAGCUAUAUCUUACUCAUCUCAAUAAAACACAUUUUUAUUUCUACAA